AUGGCGGCCGAUAAAGUAGCAACUGGAGUGCUUGCGCCUCACCGCGUCCAGAAACCGCGCCAAUCUCGUGCUCGCGGCUUGCGCACUUCUACAGCCUCACGUGCCGCCAGCGCCGAGUCAAGUGUGAUGAAGGUCGGCCUCCAUGAGCUUGGUACGCGCCCUCCUGGGAAUGUUCACAGUGACGUGAACUCCGGUGUAGCUCCGGAUCAGCAUCCUGCCGAGGCGGCUCUGGACCCGUCAGUUCUGGACACUCUCAAUGCUUCAGAGGACCAUGACCAGUCUAGCGAUGCUUCUUCUGAGAAUACUGAGGACCAGGCAGUUGAGCUUUACCACGACGGGAAUGGUUUCCAGGCCUUGCAGGCUUUGUCUGAAGGCAAUGAACCUGUAGUCGACAUAGCAUCGACCAGCCAGGAGCUAUUUGUCGAUAAUGGAAUGUUUUCAAAUGGCACACCUUUUGCAGAUUUUGACACCUCUUCUUUCACGUUUUCUUCGGCUGUGUCUCCUGGAACUGCACCUUUCCAAUGGUAUGAUCUUCUCGCCCAGGAUGCGUUGGACAAUCUGGACAAACACUCGUUCUUGAAUCAAGACACCCAGUGGAAUUUUGACCCAAGAAGUCUGUCUCGAAGACCUAGCAUUUCCCAGAUCGCCCAAACCAACGUGGACUCCGGUAACGUAGGUCCAGGAACUGGGACACAACCUGAGACCCAUAUCGCAGCCGUGCAAGACCUUACGAAAGUUACCAACAAUUUGAACCCUGCCUGGAACACUCAAGAACCCAUUAUUCUCCAAGCCGAUGAAGCUCUUUAUAUGCAACACUAUGUCAGAGAGGUGGCUCCUGUUCUUGACUUGUUUGACCCGUCUAAGCACUUCGGCAAUGUUGUCCCACAUCUAGCACUGAGAAAUAUUGGCUUGAUGAAGGCACUUCUUGCGGUCGCUGCCAGACACGUAUCAUUGGACACGAUACACACUGUUUCCAAUAUGUCACCAACCUCUGGUGGAACAAGAGAAUUUUUCGAUUCCCAUAAAACCCACAGGCAAGCUGCCACUCAGUACUAUUAUGAGACAUUAGGUUAUCUGGCGAGAUCAAUGCAACUACCAAGUUAUACCCGAAGCUCGGAAAUACUUGCCACAGCCAUCAUGAUCAGUACCUAUGAGAUGUUCGAUGGCUCAAGAGAUGAAUGGGAUAGACAUCUUCGUGGUGCUUUCUGGAUACAACGGUCCCAAGACAAUGAUGGGGAAUCGCGGGGCAUCCGAGAAGCAGUUUGGUGGGCUUGGGUGAGACAAGAUAUCUGGGCAGCAAUACGGGAACGAAGACGUACCCUGACAAUUUGGAGGCCCAAAAAACCAUUAGCACACCUGAAUUCAGAUGAGCUUGCGACAAGAGUUGUUUACUUGUUGGCAAAGGCAAUCUCCUAUGCAUCCAAAGAGGCUGCCGAAUCACAAGAUCUAGGUAAGAGACUCGAGGAAGGUAAUGUUCUGCUUCAGACCUUAGAAGAGUGGUUUGCUGCACUUCCAAAGUCCUAUCAACCUAUAAUCAGUGCCUCGGACUCUGACGAAGUAUUCGAGUCGAUCUGGAUUCACCCACCUUCCCACGCUGCAGCGAUUCAAUCAUACUGCCUUGCCAAGAUCCUUAUUUCGCUCAACAAGCCCUCUGCGGGGAGUUUGUCUUCCUAUCACGAAUGUCAAAACAUCCUCAGAGAUGCGUCAAAGACGAUCUGUGGUCUAGCUAAGGCUCCACACGCCAGUGACCCUGCAUCAGCCUUUAUUAGUUUCCAGUGUUUAUUUGGUGGUAAGUAUUGA